UUUCAAUCCACAGUGGAGCUCCCACUCUUUUUCUUCUUUUUGCUCUGAUAUUUGCAUUACUGCUCUCGCUCGUCGGGACGGGACGACAAGACAAUAUAUGUGUGUGUGCGCAAGUCGCACCUCCUUGACCUCUGCCUUGUUAUUCCCCUCCAUUUUGUUUUCCAGAAGUUGCUGCUCGUCUUGACUUGUUCGAUCCUGCUCCCUACCUCGUUCUUCGCAUAUCAUGUCAAGAUGGAACGUCCUCUCCUCGUCUUCGCCAUCGUCGUCUUGUUCGCAUCUCACCUCCCGGCGAUCCAACUUCGUCUCCGGGUCUGUCGCUGCAUCACAUGUCUUGACAGCCAGCACGCAAUUCCGAGCAUGAUCAAGCCAGCACCACCCCUCCAUGUCACCACCACUGUUCCCUGCUAAAACUCGUGCUUCUUCUUCCCCCAGUUUCUGCUCUCUCUCUCUCUCUCUCUCUCUCUCUCUCUCUCUCUCCUGAAAGAGCCACCAGCAGCAGUGAGUGAAUGAGUGGCGGCCGAGCACGAGAAGGAUCUUUGUGAUGAGCCGCCUUGUGCUGCUCCUGCUCGUGAUAGCGCUGCUUGUGCUUGUCCAGGUGAAAGGCGCACCCGAGAGUGAAUUAGUGUCGAGAUUGCCCGGGCAGCCGCACGUUUCGUUUAAGCAGUACGCCGGUUACGUGACUGUUGACAAGAACGCCGGCCGUGCCUUGUUCUACUACUUCGCAGAGGCCGAAACGAGAGCCAGCUCGCAGCCUUUGACCCUCUGGCUAAAUGGAGGUCCUGGUUGUUCCUCGAUUGGUGGAGGAGCAUUUACGGAGCUUGGACCCUUCUAUCCCAAUGCUUCUGGACAAGGGCUGUUAGUAAAUCGACGAGCGUGGAACAAAGUGUCCAAUAUGCUCUUCCUCGAAGCGCCUGCUGGAGUCGGCUGGUCCUAUUCCAACAAAAGUUCCGACUAUGAGCAAGUCACGGACAGGAUAACAGCCGUGGACACGCUAAAUUUUCUUCUCGGUUGGAUGGACAAGUUUCCCGAGUACCAGACGAGAGAUUUCUACAUCACCGGCGAGAGCUACGCAGGGCACUACGUUCCUCAGCUGGCCGAGUUGAUCAUCAAGCACAGCCAAGUCCCCGGAAACUACGCUUUCAGAUUGAAAGGAGUGGCCAUUGGCAAUCCGCUCCUCAACUUGGCCGUGGAUACAUCAGCGAUGUACGAGUACUUUUGGUCACACGGGCUCAUCUCGGACGAAACAUUCCAGGCGCUUUCCAACUCCUGCAAAUUCGAAGACUAUGAGCUCGGGCUCGCGGACCACAACGUUUCCAACGCAUGCAACGACGGCAUCCUCCAGUCCAACACUGAAGUUGGAAGAUUCAUCAACAAUUACGACGUCAUACUCGACGUCUGCCUUCCAUCAAUCUUCUUGCAGGAAGUGAGGCUCAAGCAACAGAUGGCUCAGAAAAGCUAUGGAGUGGACAUAUGCAUCGACAAGGAGAGGGACGUCUACUUCAACCUUCCAGAGGUGCAAAGAGAACUCCACGCGAACACAACUGGACUUCCAUACUCGUGGAGUAUGUGCACAGGGCCUGUGGACUACGCAAUGCAAGACGGAAGCACAAACAUGGUACCUCUUCUUGGAGACAUCCUCAAAGCGGGACUCCGCGUUUGGAUCUUCAGUGGAGACCAGGACUCAGUAGUCCCUUUGACAGGGACGAGAUCACUCAUUGGAGGCCUGGCAAAAUCGCUGGGAAUGCAAACCACACAACCAUACACGGCAUGGUACCAAGGUGGUCAGGUAGCUGGAUGGACUCAAAGCUAUGGCAACUUGACAUACGCGACAAUACGAGGAGCGGCCCAUAUGGUUCCCUAUGCCCAGCCGGAGCGCGCCUUGCUGCUCUUUCGGUCCUUCAUCCGGGGAAAUGCGCUGCCGAUCAAGAGCGCCUAGAAUCACACACACACCGCAUUCUUUCCAAAAUGUACCUAAAGAGAAUACAGAAAAAGACCUACCAGAA